AUGCCGCUCCCCUCGCUCCCUCUUUUCUUGGCCGCGCAACAACAUGCGAAGAAUGAUGCCGGCAAAGUUGCUGUGAUUGAUGCGACUAAGCAGGAGUCAUUUACAUUUACACAGCUUCUUGAGGAUGCGGCUGCGCUUCGCAAACAGAUCCUUGAACUGCUGGGGCUGACGGCCACGGGUGAUUUGGAGGAACGGCGCAUUGCAUUCCUUGUGCCGAAUGGCUACGAUUAUGUUGUGACGCAAUGGGCCACCUGGGCUGCGGGUGGAGUUGCUGUUCCUCUCUGCACAAGCCACCCCGCCAAGGAGCUCCUAUAUACUAUCGGCGACUCGGACCCUUCGUUGAUCCUUAUCCACCCUGCCUUUGAGAAAUUGGCUCCAGCCCUGCGCGAGGGAUGUACAACAGAUAUCCCAUUUCUGGGACUUGACCCAUUCAGCCGCAACGACUCCCCCUCCUUGCCCAAGUUCGUCCCCGCAUUCCCACUCAGCCGCCGCGCUCUUAUGAUCUAUACCUCUGGCACAACAGGUAACCCCAAGGGAGGCGUAAGCACCCACGAAAUCAUUGAGUUUCAAGCAAGCUGCCUUGUCAAAGCCUGGAAGUAUAGUCCGUCUGAUCACCUUAUCCACGUGCUCCCACUACACCACAUUCAUGGCAUCAUCAAUGGAUUAACGGCCUGUCUUCUGAGCGGAACCACAGUGGAAAUGCACCCCAAGUUUGAUCCUAAGGUUAUCUGGGAGCGCUGGCAGGACCGUGGCUCUUCUACCAUGUUUAUGGCUGUGCCGACCAUUUACUCUCGUCUGAAUGAUUACUUCGAUGCCAAUAUUCGCGGAACAGACCGUGAACAGGCGGCACGGGAGGGAGCAAAGGCUCUGCGUCUGCUUAUUAGUGGAUCAGCUGCCCUGCCAACACCCGUCAAGACUAAAUUUGCCGAAAUCACCGGCCAGAUUCUGCUGGAGCGAUUCGGAAUGACCGAAAUCGGUAUGGCGAUUAGUUGUGGACUGGAACUGGACCAACGGGUUGACGGAAGUGUGGGAUGGCCGCUCCCUGGAGUUCAAGUUCGAUUGACAGAGAAAGAGACCGGACGUGUCAUCGAGGAUAUCGACCAGGAUGGCAUGAUUGAGAUUAAGGGUGGGAACGUCUUCCGAGAAUACUGGCGAAAACCCGAGGCAACGGCUUCUGAGUUCACGGCUGAUGGGUGGUUUAAGACUGGUGAUGUGGCUAAGCGAGAUUCUACCGGGGCGUACUUCAUUCAAGGUCGUGCAUCUGUUGACCUGAUUAAGUCUGGUGGAUAUAAGAUUUCCGCAUUGGAAGUGGAGCGUAAGAUGCUUGCACUGGAGUCGAUCCAAGAAGUUGCUGUAGUUGGACUCAAGAAUGAGGAAUGGGGCCAGCAGGUGGCUGCGGUUGUCAAGUUCCGUGAAGGUGCUACCCCACUGGAGCUCCCUGAGCUUCGCGCUAUUUUAAAGACCGAGAUGGCCCCUUACAAGGUCCCAACAGUCUUAAAGGUGGUUGAUGGUAUUGAGCGCAAUGCCAUGGGCAAAGUGAACAAGAAGACCAUCAUUCAGAAGUAUUGGCCUGAUAAAGCUUGA